CCUUAGCACUCUUCUCCAGCACCACAUCUCAAAUGAGUUGAUUUUCUUGUUAUCUGCUUUCUUCACCAUCAAGCUCCUACAUCUGUACCUGGCGAAGGGGAAUACAAUGAAUUGGACAAUUUUGUGCUCAGAUCCUUUAGAAUCUGUCUAGUUCUUCUAUGGCUGCUUCUCCCAUUCUUGGUCUUCUUCUGCUUUCUUAGCUGCAGUCUCUAUUCUGUUCAAUGUUUGAUCCAAGGCACACCACCUCUUUAGUCCCAAUUCCCAAGCCAAAUUUAUUUAUUUAAAAAAAAAAUAUUUUCAAAGAAAAGUCAAGUAAGAUGGUAGAAUGAGUAAUGUUUUUCAAGACCCAGUUGUGUGAGAGCUUUUCAUUAGUUCAUUGAUGAGUAUUGAAUAUUGCAAGAGUGUGCCGAAAAUGGAAUGCAGUGUUCUGUAUCAUGAUUUUUUCAGUCACAAGUUUGUUUUACAAACAGCCAGAUCAGUAUUCUCUUUUUGGAUGUCUCAAUGUGCUAUUUAAAGUCUUUAACAGAAGAAAAUAAAUAUUAACCACUUACAGAAAUAUGAUUCUGGUUUAGCCUUCCAAAUCAAGGACCAGCAGAUUGCUUUUUUUGUCUUGUCAGGAGAGUGGAACACUGGAUUCUCUAUAAUGGAGUCUUUUGAUAAUGAGUCAAAGCACAGCUACAUAGGCAGCUUUCUUCUGCCUCCAGGCAAAAUAGGCUCUGAUCUUGGGCCAAAGAAGAAAACAGCUAUUCCAGCAGACACUCCUGCACCAAACAACCAAGAUGUGAGCAUGCAGUUAGGGGCAGCACAAACACGUUGCUCCUUGCUGGAAAAACAGCUAGAUUACAUGAGGAGAAUGGUGAUCAGUGCACAGUUGGAAAAGAAGCAGGUGCUAGAGCAGCAAAUCCAGCUUCAGAAGGAAAAGGACCAGGAUCAGGUGGAGUUAUGUGCAAAACUUGAAAAGCUUGAAAUCCUGGAAAAAGAAUGUUGGAGACUUACUAGCACUCAGAAAACUGCAGAAGAAAAGAUCAAAUGCCUAGAGCAGAAGCUUCAAGAAGAGCAACAUCAGCGCAAGCUAAUACAAGAUAAAGCAGCACAGCUGCAAACAGGACUUGAGAUGAACAGAAUUCUCCUGUCUUCAUUUUCACCACAAAAAGAUAUGAAGAAAAAAAGCAAGAAGAAGAAAGUUGUAAAGAAAAAUCCAGAUUUGAAGAAAACCCAUGGCUCACCGCCACCCCAAUCGACUGGAAUGCUACCUUUUGUUGCUGGGAAGUCUGCCAGCUCAAGUCACUCUGUUGUUGCAAAUGUUCAAAGUGUCCUACAUAUGAUGAAAUACCGGAGUCCAUGUGUAACUUCACUUUAUCCAGAAGGGACUGAAAAUAGGACUUCAAGAAGGGCUGCUCUGUCCAGAUCAGUAUCUUGCACCACUUCUUCUUCGACGACAGACAGUCUUUCUGAUCUUCUCUUGAUCAUGCAGGAUGAGCUGGGACAAAUGAGCUUUGAACAUCAAGAGCUGUUAAAGCAGAUACAAGAAACUCAAGAUCAAGACAUUCGGGAAGACUUAGAACGGGAACUGGAUUGUCUUGUAAAGCAGAUGGAGGUUAAAGGAGAGCAAAUUUCAAAACUGAAAAAACACCAAGAACAUGUUUAUAAGAUGAGGCAGAGGGCUCAAAAACUGAAGAGGAAAGUAGCUAGUGCUGCACCAAACCUUGAUGAAUUAAAAGGAACUAAAGAGACUGCUGUCACCCCAAGACAUGGUGUCCGCAGCACCUGUUGUGCGAACAGGAGCACAAGUUCUCUUCAGCUAUUAAAAUGUGCUCAAAAGCUUCAGUCAGUGUUGAAGAAAGAUGAUAUUGUAUGGGAACAAUAGCUCUCAAAACUGUUCAUUGAAGAUGGUCCAUUGGGAAUUUAUUUCAUAAGCUUGACAAUCAGACCAUUGCUUGAUUCUUUAGUGUAGUCUGGCAUUUCCAUUUGGGGGCAGUUAACUCCACUGUUUCCAUAUUGAUUUUUUAAAAACAUAAUUGUGAUUAUUUUAAUGAUGUAUGUACACCAUUUAAAAUUAAAGAACCCAUUAAUCUA